AUGGGCCACUACAAUGGCAACUCAAAACGUCCGCUCGGCGGCUUCGAUGAGGUCUACAACGACUUCAAAAAGCAUUGUUCAGCUGAUCGUGUGAACACCGACCUCGCCGUCACCAUCUCCAUUCGUGAGAAACAUCCAGACGCCCAUGUCACGACCAUCAGCGCGCCUGACUGCGACUUGCUUGGCUUCGCAGAGGCAGGGAGUCUCGAGACAAGACUGCGCACCGAGGGCGACAACUUCCUCGCACAGAGAACCUACACUCCACCGGCGACCCGUCUGGAGCAAGGCCAAGGCAGUCUGGGCGAAAGGGUCGGCUUCGGAUUCUAUGAUGGCAGGUAUGAUGGGCAGGAGUUCAACUUCUAUGAAGCGAGGUGGCGGGAUGAGUUCUUCGGCAGAGGGACAAAGAACUACUACAUCUUAAGUCCUAAAGCUGAGAUCGAUGCUGCCGGGCACUCUGCGUGGGUCGACUCGCUCCUACUUGCUGCUUCGAAGUGGACCAGCGAGCUUCAUGAUGAGAUCUACGUCUUUGACUCCGGCGAGUGGGACAAGAACAAGCAUCUCUGGAAAGCGGUGCAGAACAGCAAGUGGGACGACGUGAUCAUGGAUCCAGCGACGAAGGACACCUUGGUCUCAGACGUGCAGAACUUCUUCGACAGCCGCUCAAUCUACGAGGAGUAUGCCGUGCCGUGGAAGCGUGGCAUCAUCCUGCAUGGUACUCCCGGCUGCGGAAAGACGAUCAGCAUCAAGGCACUCAUGAACGCUCUCGACAAGCGCUCUCCACCAGUCGCCAGUCUGUACGUCAAGACGUUCACGACCAACUGCCCGGGAGAAGAGUACAGCAUCCGAGAGAUCUUCGAGAGGGCUCGGGUGUUGGCUCCGUGCAUGCUCGUUUUCGAGGAUCUGGACAGCCUGGUGAAGGACAAGAUUCGCUCUUAUUUCUUGAACGAAGUCGAUGGUCUGGAAGACAACAACGGCAUCCUGAUGGUCGGCUCUACAAACCACCUCGACCGCCUCGAUCCCGGCAUCUCCAAGCGCCCGAGCAGGUUCGACCGCAAGUACCACUUCAAGAUUCCCGGCUACGACGAGCGCAUCCUCUACUGCGAGUACUGGAAGAAGAAGCUGGAGAAGAACAGCAAGAUCGACUUCGACCCGGCCAUUUGCGAUGUAGUAGCCAAGCUUACGGAAGGCUUCAGCUUCGCAUACAUGAAGGAGCUGUUUGUGCAGACGCUGCUGACGAUAGUGGGUGGCAGGGAGCAGGAGCUGGACGCGAUGCAGACUGCCGAAGAGGCUAAGGUUGUUCCGGGCUCAGCGACGCUCGUGGUUGGGAAGGGCAAGGUCGAUACUACCGCAGCAAAGGAGGAGUCUGAGCAAGCUUCGACGCCAGAGAAGGCGGAGGAGAAGAAAGAGAAGAAGCCGGAAUUCGCUAUGCCUCAGGUCGAGAUCCCGGACAAUCUGAAGUCGAACUCGCUCAUGCGCGUGCUCGAUAAGCAGGCUACUGCGCUGUGGAAGGACAUGGAUAACUCUACAGAUCCUGAGGCUGGCCGCAAGCCUGCUGCCAAGGACGAGGAUGAGGACAGCGACGACGACAAGAAGGGGUGUUGUUGA